AUGACUCAGUCCUAUAUAGAAGCCACUUCUGACCCUAAAAUCUCGACUCCAUCGGCAGAAAGUGAAGGGAAAACGAAAGUUCCUAACGUCCAGAAAGUUUCAGAAAACUCUACUUCCAUUUAUACUACAUCGUCUACUGCUUCACCAGAUGAAAUAUCUUCUAGUACUGAUUCUUCAAGUAGAGCAGAGACAACCGAAUCAAAACCUGGAACUUCAUCUAAAUCUACAUCAACCAAAAACCCAGAAACGCUUACUGCCGUUGAUACAACACCGUCUACUGCCUCAUCAAAUCAAUUACCUUCUACAACUGAUUCUUCUAGUAAAGCAGUGUCAACCGAAUCAACCCCUCUAACUUCAUCUAAAUCAACAUUAACCAUAAACCCAAAAACGUCUACUUUCAUUGAUACUACACCGUCUACUGCUUCAUCAGAUAAAUUACCUUCUAGUACUGAUUCUUCUAGUAAAGCAGUGACAACAGAAUCAAAACCAGAAACUUCAUCUAAAUCAACAUUAACCAUAAACCCAGAAACGUCUACUACCGUUGAUACAACAUCGUUUUCCGCUUCGUCAGAUAAAUUACCUUCUAGUACUGGCUCUUAUAGUAAAGCAGUGACAACCGAAUCAAAACCAGGAACUACAUCUAAAUCAACAUCAACCAUAAACCCUGAAAAGUCUACUUUCAUUGAUACUACACCGUCUACUGCUUCAUCAGAUAAAGUACCUUCUAGUACUGAUUCUUCUAGUAAAGCAGUGACAACAGAAUCAAAACCAGAAACUUCAUCUAAAUCAACAUUAACCAUAAACCCAGAAACGUCUACUACCGUUGAUACAACAUCGUCUACUGUUUCAUCAGAUCAAUUACCUUCUAGUACUGACUCUUAUAGUAAAGCAGGGACAACCGAAUCAAAACCAGGAACUACAUCUAAAUCAACAUUAACCAUAACCCCAGAAACGUCUACUACCGUUGAUACAACAUCGUCUACUGUUUCAUCAGAUCAAUUACCUUCUAGUACUGUCUCUUAUAGUAAAGCAGUGUCAACCGAAUCAACCCCUCUAACUUCAUCUAAAUCAACAUCAACCAUAAACCCAGAAAAGUCUACUUCCAUUGAUACUACACCGUCUACUGCUUCAUCAGAUAAAGUACCUUCUAGUACUGAUUCUUCUAGUAAAGCAGUGACAACAGAAUCAAAACCAGAAACUUCAUCUAAAUCAACAUCAAUCAUAAACCCUGAAACGUCUACUUCCAUUGAUAGUACAUCGUCUUCUGCCUCAUCAAAUCAAUUGCCUUCUAGUACUGAUUCUUCUAGUAAAGCAGGGACAACCGAAUCAAAACCAGAAACUACAUCUAAAUCAACAUCAAUCAUAAACCCAGAAACGUCUACUUCCAUUGAUAGUACAUCGUCUACUGCUUCAUCAAAUCAAUUACCUUCUAGUACUGAUUCUUCUAGUAAAGCAGGGACAACCGAAUCAAAACCAGAAACUACAUCUAAAUCAACAUCAAUCAUAAACCCAGAAACGUCUACUUCCAUUGAUAGUACAUCGUCUACUGCUUCAUCAAAUCAAUUACCUUCUAGUACUGAUUCUUCUAGUAAAGCAGGGACAACCGAAUCAAAACCAGGAACUACAUCUAAAUCAACAUUA